CCCCGAUCUCAGCUCCUCUCUUCUUUCUCCCCCCCCAUACCAUACCAUACCUCCUCCCAACUUAAACCUCUCAAUCUAACGAACAAUGGCAAUCCACUACUUGAUCCUCCUGUCGCGGCAAGGCAAAGUGCGCCUUGCCAAAUGGUUCACCACUCUCUCCCCCAAGGAGAAGGCCAAGAUCAUCAAGGAUGUGACCCAGCUGGUCCUGUCGCGUCGCACCCGCAUGUGCAAUUUCCUCGAAUACAAAGACACAAAAGUCGUCUACCGUCGCUAUGCCUCCCUUUUCUUCAUCGCCGGCUGCGCAUCCACCGAUAACGAGUUGAUCACCCUCGAGGUCGUGCACCGCUACGUCGAGCAGAUGGACAAGUACUACGGCAAUGUUUGCGAACUGGACAUUAUCUUCAACUUCCAGAAAGCAUACUUCAUCCUGGACGAGCUGUUGCUAGCAGGCGAGAUGCAGGAGAGUAGCAAGAAGAAUGUUCUCCGGUGUAUCAGUCAACAGGACAGCUUGGAAGACAUGGAGGUACGUUGAUACUUGUUCUGGUUUUCAUCCCUGUCCCCUUUUCCACCGGGCGGGGAUGUGAGAAGGAGAUGCAGAGCUGGAAGGGGAUAUACGUAUAUACCCUUUCAGCUUCAUCUCAUGAAACCUGCUCUGCAGUCAUGAUCGUCUUCAAUCCGUUGCCCGGACCCGGUGCCCCUUUUCGCUGAGCCAUGUCACGACUCGGGUUGCCCAUCGCUGUGGCAUCCUUCGCCCUCCUAUUUCCGCCACACCGGCCUCUCACCUCAGGUCGCCCUUCUCUUAUAUAUGCUAAUGCCCCCCCUCAGGUCGAGGAAGAUGUGGUUACGAAGAUCAUGUAGAAGCUUCUCAGGCAGUCAAGCGUUUCCGUGUUUCUCUUGUUUGGGAUAAAUCAUGAUUUUCUGGGCCCCGGGGGCCAGCUCUGUUGGCG